UUCUUGGAGCCACAGGGGAGCGCUGGGGCCAGGGGGGUACCAAAGGUGGAGGGCAGCAACAACCAAUCCUCCUGAGCACGCCGUGCAAUUCUGCACAAUGGGUAGAGCCCCUCCCGCUCUAAAUCUCCCAUCCCGAGUGUGGACUUCAGCUCUUCCUCCCCUACUCGGAGUCUCAGUUUCCCCUUAAUGACAAAUAAGAGGCCCGGUCCCAGCAUCGGGGACGUUUCCGCCGCGGAACCUCAGGAGCCGGGCGCCCGGGGCGCGGGGAACACGUUCUUGGACGCACGCGCACUCGCCCUUGCCCAGCCUUGAACCUAGAUAAAUAUAGGUGAAAUGUUUAUCAGCUUGAAGCCUCUCCAUAUGAGCUUGUCAUUCCAGCGUCUAGUUCAUGCCCUGACCUAUUAUCGGCAGGGUUCCUUAAGACUCAGAAAGCAUGGCCAUCUCAGAAACCAUCUGCACACAACCAGAGUGACCUAUUCAGAAAAUAUUGCUCCAGUGUUCACCAGAGCUUUGGCAUAUGGGGACAAAAUCGCCCUGAUUGACCACCGUGGACAGUAUACAUACAAAGACCUUUACUACAAAAGUCUUCGUUUGUCUCAGGAAAUAUGCAAGAUUCACAACUGCCCCAAUGGAGACAUUAAGGGAGAAAGGAUCUCCUUCAUCUGCUCCAAUGAUGUGUCUUAUGUCAUUGCCCAGUGGGCAUCCUGGAUGAGUGGAGGUAUUGCUGUUCCUUUGUAUAAGAAGCAUCCAGCAUCUGAGCUGGAAUACGUCAUUCAGGAUUCCCAGAGCUCUUUGGUCAUUGCAGGCAGUGAGUAUGUGGAUCUUUUAACUCCCAUUGUUAACAAGAUAGGGGUAUCGUUUUUGCCCCUUACAUCGACAGUCUAUGAUGGAAUAGCAGAUGAACCAACCCAAGAGUGUGCUCCCCAAUUGGAGUGGAAAGAUAGGGGGGCCAUGAUCAUCUACACAAGUGGGACGACGGGCAGACCUAAAGGAGUCCUAAGUACACACCAGAAUCUAAAAGCAGUGAUAACGGGACUUGUUGACAAAUGGGCAUGGACAAAAGAUGAUGUGAUCCUUCACGUGCUUCCAUUGCACCAUGUCCAUGGUGUGGUCAACAAGAUGCUUUGUCCAUUCUGGGUAGGGGCUACCUGUGUUAUGCUGCCUGAAUUCAAUGCCAAAGUGGUUUGGGAAAAAUUUCUAAGUUCUGAAAAGCCACGGAUCAAUGUUUUCAUGGCAGUGCCUACCAUUUAUUCCAAAUUGAUGGAUUAUUAUGAUAAACAUUUUACCCAGCCUCAUGUCCAGGAUUUUAUACGUGCAGUUUGUAAAGACAAAAUCAGAUUAAUGGUGUCAGGAUCUGCUGCCCUACCGGUACCCGUCCUACAGAGGUGGAAGAAUCUUACGGGGCACACUUUGCUAGAGAGAUACGGAAUGACAGAGAUUGGAAUGGCACUGUCCAACCCACUGAAGGGUACUCGUGUCCCAGGUGCUGUGGGUACUCCAUUACCUGGAGUGGAGGUGUGCAUUGUCUCUGAGAACUCCAGGAAUGAGAACUACCCAUACCUCAUCCAUGCCCAAGGAGACCAGAAUGGAACUAAGGUGACUGUGGGCUUGAAGGACAAAGAAGGGGAACUUUUGGUGAAAGGUCCAACGGUGUUUCGAGAAUAUUGGAACAAACCUGAAGAAACCAAGAAUGCUUUCACAGCUGAUGGCUGGUUUAAAACAGGAGAUACAGCUGUAUAUAAGGAAAACAGGUAUUGGAUCAUGGGCCGGACAUCUGUGGACAUCAUUAAGAGUGGGGGAUAUAAAAUUAGUGCUCUGGAAGUGGAGCGCCACUUACUGAGCCAUCCGAAUAUCCUGGACGUGGCUGUCAUCGGCGUUCCAGAUAUGACAUGGGGCCAACGGAUUGCUGCCGUGAUCAAGCUUCGUGAAGGCCAGUCACUUUCUUACAAGGACCUGAAAGAAUGGGCAAGAGAAUACAUGGCGGCCUACACCAUCCCUUCUGAAAUUAUGUUAGUCGAGGAAAUCCCACGGAACCAGAUGGGGAAAAUCAACAAAAAAGAUCUACUCAAGCAGUUUUACCCUGCUUAGAUAGGCCCAAGGCCUGACCUCCAGCUAAAGCCAAAAUGACCGGGGCCCUCUUCAUCAGAGUUUGAAGCUGCCCAUUUGCUCUUAUGAGUCCUCCUAACCUUUCACCACAACAUACCUUUAAUAACACAAUACAGUUGGGCCUUGGAAAGAGGCAAGAACAGAGACAUCUCUUUUAAUCACCUGUUUCAGAGCUGCUUAAACAGAAUUAAGCAAUGGAGUAUUAGCUUUAAUCUGGUUUUUUCUGCAGUCUUAUUAAACGCAGAGCAAUCAAAAUGCCUUCCCCUCCUACCUUUCUUAGAAAAAAGGCCACUUUUCAUGCUCUCCUCCCAAUCAGUAUCUGAGGACGUUUAGUCGAUCUUGCUUUUUUAAUAAGCCUCCGGUGUGUCAAUAGCAGAACUCCAGCAUAAAGGUUCUGUAUAGAAGGGGAAAGUCAGCUAAGGGGCUGCUGGGAUGCUUUUCCCCUCAAAUGCCCCUCCAUCCCUCCUCUGGCUCUGGUCAUCCGAGGCAUUUGACUAGGGGAUGGUGGGGAGGGCGGGGACGGCGGCCAGCUUCCAAGUGCUUUGGAGUGGAGUGCCCCUAUCAGUGGGAGUCUCCCCAGCCCAUCAAGCAAUACCAAUCGAAAGUUACCCUGUACAGGAGUGACAGAGCAAGCCCUGCUUUCCCUUCGAGCUCCACCCUCACCACUGAUCCAUCCACCAAACCUGGGCCCAUUAAGGGCUUCAUUAAGGACAGGCCAUGCAGUCUCCCAGACUCUUGGCUCUUUACACAGUGAUUGGUACAGUCGUAAGAUAUUUGCAGUUUAAGCCUGGGAUCAUUUCUUCUAAACCAGAAUAUAGGCUAAGUGGUCAUUACCUCAGCAAGUUAAUUCUUGGACUAAGCAGCCUGCCCUGCAGACCAUUAGUAGUCACUUCUGUAUCAUCCUCCAAUAGGAGCAAAAGUGUGGGUGACACCAUUAAACUAUAGAGUAAAAAGCUGGCUUGACACCUUCAUUUCCUGGGGAGCUAACUUCCUCAUUGCCUAUGUAGGAACUUCGGGGGGGGGGGAGCAGAACUCUCAUUCCCUUCCCCACUCCCAGCCUCCUCUCUCUGGGAUGCUCAUCUUCCAUACUGUUUAUAUCGUUCAGCCUCAGGCCAUAUGCAACUUAUCCCCAGAUGAAAUUGCUGUUUAAAUUAAACUUCUCUCCUUAGCCAUCUUCA